UGGCUCAACACAGACAAACAAGGAAUCCUCUGAUUCCGUCUGUGACAGCCGCUUUUUUUUGUCACUGCUUUUCUGGCUGUACAAUAUUUGCACAAUAUACAGGUUUUGUAUUUCGUGCCUUUUCGGUAUGCAUAAUAAUAACGACAGACUGUCUAAAAGGUGACGUUAGCUGCUCUCUCCGGCAAAAACUUAUCAACCGGUAACAACACCACGGCCAGCUGACGGAAACUGAGCUUGUUAGCCAGCUAGCUGUCUUUCCAGUCGAACUGCCCUUUGUCUUUACAAGCAAGUCUGCUAGCUGGCAUUGUUUUUCCUCUUGGUUAGUAGACAUCGGCUUUUGCAAUUUCACUUUUUCUUCUGACAAAAGUUAAGCAAACCAAGAUAGGCAGCUUGGGAACCAAGAUGUCGAACCGAGUGGUGUGCAGAGAAGCAAGUCACGCCGGGAGCUGGUACUCUGCAUCGGGAUCCCAGUUGAAUGCACAACUAGAAGGCUGGCUGUCUAAAGCAGAGUCCUCCACCAGACCUGCUAGAGCCAUCAUAGCACCGCAUGCAGGGUAUACCUACUGUGGUGCUUGUGCAGCAUAUGCCUACAAGCAGGUUGAUCCCUCUGUUACUCGUAGGGUGUUCAUCCUGGGACCUUCACACCAUGUGCCCCUCUCCCGCUGUGCCCUGUCACCGGCAGAGAUCUAUAGAACACCUCUCUAUGACCUGAGAAUCGACCAGAAGGUUUAUGCUGACCUCUGGAAAACUGGGUUGUUUGAGCGGAUGAGUCUGCAGACAGAUGAAGAUGAGCACAGUAUUGAAAUGCACUUGCCUUACACUGCUAAAGCCAUGGAGAGCCACAAAGAUGAGUUUAGCAUCGUGCCUGUGCUCGUGGGAGCCCUGAGUGAAUCCAAGGAGCAGGAAUAUGGGAAACUGCUCAGCAAGUACCUGGCAGACCCUUCCAACCUUUUCAUUAUCUCAUCCGACUUCUGCCACUGGGGUCAACGGUUCCGUUACACAUACUAUGAUGAAUCUCAAGGAGAGAUCCACAGGUCCAUUGAGCAUCUUGAUAAAAUGGGGAUGGGCAUUAUAGAAACGCUGGAUCCAAUGUCUUUCACCAACUACUUGAAGAAGUACCGGAACACCAUCUGUGGGCGGCACCCGAUUGGAGUGCUUCUAAAUGCUGUUGCUGAGCUGAGGAAGUCUGGCUCGGAAAUGAACUUCUCUUUCCUGAACUACGCCCAAUCCAGCGAGUGCAGGAACUGGCAGGACAGCUCCGUGAGUUACGCUGCCGGGGCCCUCAUCGCUCAUUGAGGUCGACUUCUGCAGGGGCCUCCGCAGCGUUGUCGCCCUGCCCCUUACUAUCUAUCGCCAUAAUCUGACCCAGAUACCCUCCCUCUCACCCCAACCCCAGUUACGCCCACCCCUUUGCAGGAAGGACCUAGACACUCAAAGCCAAUACAGUCUUCUUUCUCUGUCUCUCCCUCUCCUCCGCCUAUCUCCUUGAAGUGCAGUUUUCAGAUUACGUAGGCCAAAUUGGUUGGAGGAAAUGGGAGAGAGCGUAAUAUUUUGGCUCAGAGUUAGCGUUGGGAAGGGGAACUCUUACUUGGGUUUCGAAGUGAGUUGUAAUAAUGCAAUCUUUACAUUUUGGCUCUCGAUCUGUGCAUAUGUAAUUUGCCUCCAGAAAGGAAUGAAAAUAAAACGGCAGAUCUUAACAGAGCAUAUUGCAAUUUUGCCGGAUAAAAAAUAAAUGGGUGUUUUGACUGACUGCUGAAAGACACGUGACACUUAAAACAGUUUCAUUGGUAAUUACUACCAAUCCUUAACAUAUGUUGUAGUUGCUAACAAAGGGCUGCACCCACCAAAUUUAGCUAACUCCCUACUGUACAAACCAAAAACAUUUAUUACUCUUUUAUUAUUUUUUUCUUUACUCAUAUUUUAUUCCUUUUAUUUCUCCCUACCUUUUAUAUUUUCAUUAGACGUGAACGUAUUUACUCGAGUAGUGUGUAGAUUUUAACAAAAGCAGUGUUGUUACUUAGGCUCGUAUAUGGCUUGCCCAAUAAAUUAUUGUGUGCAACACUGCUUCCAGAUUCCAAUUCUAUACCUGUAGCAUUAUAGAUAUGUUUUUCAGGGGCCAGACUCCAGUUGUGCUACAGUAAUGUAAUCUAAGCUGGAUAUCGUGUAAAUCACUCCAACACUGACACCUCUACUCUUUGUUUACACUGCCACCUUGAAUCUCUGUUGUUAUUGAACUGUCAGAAGACUCAAGUGUUAGUUUUAUUUUUUAGCUAGGUAUCUGGAAAAUGUCCUUUGUUACACAUGCCAUUCUGUGAGAGCAGCUAAACGUAUGCUUUACCCCGACCAAAGUGGUUAAGGAUUCGAUGAUCUGCUUGAAUAGUUUGAAAAUGUAAAAGAUCGGUUCAUUUGGUAUUCAUUUACAACUCUUUGUUAAUACGUUUUGAUCUAAGAAUGCCAAACGUUAUUGAGAAUAUAUAAGACAUCCUUAUUUAUGUUUGCUUUCCAGCAUCACAUAGACAAGGUUGGCUAUGACGAGCAAUGGGUGGCCCAGUUUCAAGAUUAGUGCAUAGCAUAGCAUUAGCAUACUUUGCUACAAGGUUUAACAUAACCUAGAAAGAGACACACAUUGCUCCUAGAUAAAAAAAGAAAUAUUUAAUUUACAAAAUGAUAACAAUUAUUUACAAAAAAAGAAAAUAUAUAUUUCCUUUUUAAUAUAAAAUGCUCAAAUAUUUUUCAUAGAUUAACAAACUGCAUACAUAUUCUGAAUGCUAACACCUCAUGACAGUAGUGGCAGUAUAGGCUUUAAUGACAAUAUGAUAUGGAUAUUUGAUUAUCUCUGACGCAUUAAGCUACAAUGUCUUGUUGAACCAAGUGGGCACAGACUGAAAGAUGAAAUGCUCAGACUCACUUAACUUCUGACGCUAAUUUAAGGGAAACUAGUAAAGCAUGACACACUGUGCUAUUGUGCCUUUUAUCACUGUUGUAAACAUAUAAAGUGUAUUCUCACU